CACUGCUUUGAGUGUACAGAAAAUUGUCUUCAUUUUGUAUAUUUUUUUGGGGGGAGAUUUAUUUAACUAGGCAAGCCAGUUAAAGAACAAAUCCUUAUUUUCAAUGAGGGCCUAGGAACAGUGGGUUAACUGCCUGUUCAGGUGCAGAACGACAGAUUUGUACCUUGUCAGCUCGGGGGUUUGAACUUGCAACCUUGCUAGUCCAACGCUCUAACCACUAGGCUACCCUGCCGCCCCAAUUAUAUUGAUGGCGUUAUGGAAACAGGUUUUAUUGGCUAAAUUUGGAAACUCCUAUCUUGCUGCAAAAAAAAUAGAAAUGUCUCGUUUUCAGGGCUUUUGGGCUGGUUUUGAGACAUCGUUGUUUAGACAUUUGAUUUUGACCCUGGCAACCCUGCGUAGGAGGUUACUUUACCUGUGUGCAGGUAGCCAAAGUCGCAUCGGAAUAAGAGCUUUGUUUGCUUGAGUAGUUAGGAUAAAUCUAUGUGUUCGGAUUUAGACUAUAUGUAAGGUUGUCGUCCAUAAUUUAGUUUGUAAAUUUGAAACAAUCCCGGAGCAUUCCAGAUGGAAUGAUAUCUGGAACGUGUACUUUCACUUUUACUUACUAGCAUACAGGACUGUCAAACUCGGACCGAAGGAAAUGGCAGGUAGCUUUUUUGGGAAAGUUAUACUGCUUUUGGUUUAUUUUCUCGUGGAGGUGACAGGUGAACAGCAGUAUGGUGGCCUGGGAAGAGAGAUCACCCUGACCCCCAAGGUCUCAGGUCAGCCUGAGGACAUCCUGUGGAAACACAAUGGGAACAAGGUGGUGGAGUUUGAUAGGAGUCAGAAUGUUGAGUAUGGCAGCUAUAAAGGCAGGACCAUCCUGGACUGGGACUCUGGAGCGCUAACUAUCAAAGGUCUCACUGAUGCAGACAGUGGGCCCUAUGAGUUAGAGGCUGUCGUCAAGGGCAAGCUGCAGUACUCUCAACAUAAGGUGGGGGUUAUUGAUGAUGUGGCACAGCCCAGUGCAACCUGUGUGGUUGACACCACAACCCCAGAGAACAUGGACAGAACCCUGCUGUGCUCAGCUGACCUCCAGCCCCUGACCCAGUUCAUCUGGAGGAGUCCUGAGGGGUCAGAGAGUCCUGGACCUGAACUGUUCAUACCUGGGGGGGAGAACCAGGAUUCUGAGAACCAGGAGUCUAUCUACACAUGUGUGGUGAAAAACCCUGUUAGUGAGAAAAGUGCAGAGUUCACCCUGAAGAACUGCUACACUGAGGAAGGCUCAUCCAGUGUCCUGGCUGUGGUCCUGUCCAUUCUCCUUCUCCUCGUCUUAGUUGCUGUUGUGGCAUUUCUCUUGUGGUACUACUGGAGGAAAUGCAAGAAACCGGCUGAAGCUGCACCGACAAAAUCUGAAGAAGAGAAAGGACUGGUGGCAUAUACAAAACAAGGAAACAACGAUCCCGAGGAUGACCAUUCUGAGAACACUGGAAAUAUAACUUCUAUACCAAAAGGAAUGGUAAAAGAGCAGGUAGAGCUGAUAAACAAGCAGAAUGCAGAUCCAAGUAGGAAAUGGCAAACUGGACCAGCUGGAAGAAUUUUCUCUCCAACAAAAAGUAGGGGUCACAGCCUUCUAUACAGACAGAAUGACAGUCUCUCAGACAAACAGACAGUGACAGACACAGAGCAUGUACAGGACAAUUGGACCAACCCAGGCCAACAAGACCUAGUCACACCAGACCACACCCAGGCCCAACAAGACCUAGUCACACCAGACCCCACUCCUGCCCAACAAGACCUAGUCACACCAGACCCCACCCCUGCCCAACAAGACCUAGUCACAGAAGACCCCACCCCUGCCCAACAAGACCUAGUCACAGCAGACCCCACCCCUGCCCAACAAGACCUAGUCACACCAGACCCCACCCCUGCCCAACAAGACCUAGUCACACCAGACCCCACCCCUGCCCAACAAGACCUAGUCACACCAGACCCCACCCCUGCCCAACAAGACCUAGUCACACCAGACCCCACCCCUGCCCAACAAGACCUAGUCACAGAAGACCCCACCCCUGCCCAACAAGACCUAGUCACACCAGACCCUACCCCUGCCCAACAAGACCUAGUCACACCAGACCCCACCCCUGCCCAACAAGACCUAGUCACAGCAGACCCCACCCCUGCCCAACAAGACCUAGUCACACCAGACCCCACCCCUGCCCAACAAGACCUAGUCACAGCAGACCCCACCCCUGCCCAACAAGACCUAGUCACAGAAGACCCCACCCCUGCCCAACAAGACCUAGUCACAGAAGACCCCACCCCUGCCCAACAAGACCUAGUCACAGCAGACCCCACCCCUGCCCAACAAGACCUAGUCACAGAAGACCCCCCCCUUCCCAACAAGCCCUAGUCACAGCAGACCCCACCCUUGCCCAACAAGACCUACUCACACCAGACCCCACCCCUGCCCAACAAGACCUAGUCACACCAGACUCCACCCAGGCCCAACAAGAACUAGUCACACCAGACCCCACCCCUGCCCAACAAGACCUAGUCACACCAGACCACUCCCAGGCCCAACAAAACCUAGUCACACCAGACCACUCCCAGGCCCAACAAGACCUAGUCACACCAGAAUCCAAAGAAUCCAAGCUAGGCACGCCCACACCAGAACCCAACCAGGAAACAGCUCCAGAGACAGCUCCAGGCCAAAAAUACCCAAUCACAACAGAGACAGCUUCAGGCCAAAAAUACCCAAUCACAACAGAGACAGCUCCAGGCCAAACAGAAUCAGCAGGCACAACACCCAAAUCGAUUCCACUAAAUGCAGAAACAGAUAAACCCAACCAGGACAUAGGGCACAAGAAGGCCCUGCUAGACCUGAACAAACCAGGUCUUAAACAGGAGAAUGAACUAGACCAAGAAUCAGACAAGCCCCAAGAGGAGAUGACAAACCUGUACACGGGAGAUGGUAAACAUGAGAGCGACUCAGGCACUUAAUGAUGAAUGAUGAAAAGCCAGAGAUAAAGAUCCAAGGAGAAGGACCGUACACAGCAGACCACAAAGACAAUAACCAAACAAAUCAACAUACACAGGAGGACAACCAGGACAUCCAGUUAGGGGAGUGAAGACAGAAUGAUGAUGUGGAAGAAUAAGGGAAAGGGCAAAGAGUAAGUAAUGAGGAGAACAGAGAUGGAAUAAUGGACCACAAUAGAUGUAUGGGUGCAAACACAGAGGAUGAUGGGGGAAAUGAAGUAGAGAUGGAGGAGGAAGGGAUAGAGCAGAAGGAACCAGGCACAGAGAAUGAAGGAGAUAAUACCAACCAAACAUCUACUCAGAGUGAUGAGGAGCUGGAUGAGACACCCAUCACAGACCCCAAUGCGCAGCACAUUACCCAGACUACACUACAGGGUUGUCCACUGGGUAGUCCAGUGACAAUAAUCCCUAAUGCAAAUAACCCAGUACAAUUAUGGGUAAACUGUAUGACUUUAAAUCCACUGUUUUUGAGAUGACACUAAAGUUUGGAUAACAGGUCUCCACCUUAUUUUCUACUGAGCUGCUACCCUCAUACUGUUAGAAGAAAAACUCUGGUGAAGAAAAUGCUGGAUGCUACAGUGUAAUACAAGCAUUGGAAUUUCUUGAUUUUGGUUUCAUAGUUUGCAAACAGCAUUGUAUUCUCUAGUUAUGUUUCAGUUCUACAUACCUGUGGUAGCUAACAUAAUACAUUAUUUACUACAAGUUAAUACACUAUUUGUUAUUUUAGCUCAAUUUAAAGACAUGUUUUAAUGAACCUUAACAUACUGUUAUUGCUAAAGAACUUACUUAGGCUACUGAUAUGCCAUCUUGAUGGGUUGUCAGAGGUCCUCAGUGAUCAGUGUAAAUAAAUAAAUGUUAACAGAAUGAUGUGAAUAAAUGACUAGAACAAGCGGUUGUCACUCUGCAUCACGUGGGACUAAACAGCCCUCAGUAGUGGCCUGCAUUCAUGGAUGCCAAGGGAAGCCAGGCUUCCCCAACUAUUUAAACAAUCAAUAAAUACAAAUUCUCAAAUCA